CACAAUGACAGAAAUGAAGAGAUGGACCUGCUGUCACAUACACACUCUUAUUUUCUGGAGGAAAGUGUGUUUGAUGUUUAGUAAAGCUAAGAUUGGCUGCAGUCAGCUGUGAAUGCUGUCGUUUUGCUAGCAGUCAGUGAACCGUGUCGAAAUCAUCAUCUAAAACAAGCUGGGCCCGAACCGCAGCAGGCUCUGACAGUGGCCGUCACCAUGGAGGAGAGGGAGCGGCAGUGUAACGGAGAGGAAAAAUCUGAUGGCGAAUCCCCCACAGGACAGUCACGCACAGCAGGAGAACCAGGCACAUCAUCCACAUGGAGGAACGGUCAGUGUGUGGCAUCAGUGCCCACGUCCUCCUGGUUCACUCCCAGAUUUGACUUCUCACACUGCAGGACUCUUCUGGAAACAAAAGGCUUCCAGAUCCCAGCAGGUGAUUUUGAGGGUCCACUUGAAUUAGCGCUGGACCAUCCGUCCGUCAGAAGAUAUCUGCUUUUUAACUCAUAUGUUUUUAAUUUCAUCAUGGCACCGAUUUUGUACAUGGUGCUGUGGUGCGCUGUGUAUUCAACCCUUCACAUGUACCUUCAAAGUAGCACAGCAAGCUUCUGGGUGCUCUGUCUUUGUGUCAGCCUGGUGUCCAUCAUCCUCACUGCUGUCAUCAGCCUCAUCUUCCACUACAGCAAUAGAGAGAUCAACAUGAACACAGAUGUGCGCUUGGUGGGGGUUAAUGAGCGCAUGAUCAGACACGGGCUGUUGUUAGGAGUGGCUGACUGGGUGCAUAAAUGCAGAGGAAAACUGCAGCUCUUCUGUGUAUACUGGGACUUGUCCCCAUGUCUGAGGUCUCUGACUGAAUCCCUGGACAACAUGAGUUUUUUCAGUGAUCAAGUACAGAACAAACUCAAGAAAAGAAUGUCGCACCUAGUUUUAGUGACCGAGGUCACGACUCUGGAUCCCGAGGCUGGAUUACAGGAUGAGGAGCUUCCAGAGGAGGAGCAACCUCUGCUGGUGGCAGGACGAGAGCGAAGCGAAUCCAUCAAUCAAAGGGAUGACUCCAAACUCACAAAAAACUUCAGCCUGAUGCCCAACACCAGACUUUCUAAUCAGGUUAUUGCUCAGCAGCUCCUGAUGGCCUACAGUGCACUUUAUGUCCGACUUCUGGUAUCAAACAAGCUUCCUGUUCCUUCCCAUCAGGAUUCAGGUGCAGGGAAAAAUCACUGUGGUCCCAGCGUUUGUCUGUGCGAGUAUGUGGAGCUCAAGGCCCUGCAGUAGAUGGAACAUGACAAUCUAAUCUCACAUUAAAAAAGUAUUAGUCAUCCAUUUCGGAGGAUGAUUGUUUUGCUCUCAAUUAUGGUAUAGUCACAGACUGUUCUUGCUGCUCUUGACUGUUGUUUUCAUCUGUGGACUGGAAAAUAUAUAUAUAUAUUUUUU